GGGCUCCGCCACCUCUUCCGCCGCGCUAUGGGGCCGCGCGCGCUGCCGACGCCGCUCCCGCUACUGCUUUUGUGCGCGCUGCUGAGCGAGGCCGGGGAGCUCGCGCCCGCGCCGCCGUCGCCCGCCGCGACAAACGGGAGCGUGCCGGGCACGCCGCACAACAGCACGUCGCUGCGGGCGCCGGGCACGUACGGGCCGGCACUGCGCCGCUCCUUGUACGUGCUCACGGGCUUCACCGUUCUGGCCGCGCUCUACUUCCUCAUCCGGGCCUUCAGGUUAAAGAAGCCUCAGCGGCGGCGAUACGGCCUCCUAGAGGAGACCACGGACACGGCCUCGCUGGACAGCGAUGAGGAGACGCUCUUUGAGACCCGCAAUCUGAGAUGAAGCUGAGAUCCGGGAAGCAGCUUUUGCAGCAGUACGGAGGAGGAGAACACAUGCCCCGGCCAGCCUUAGAACUUCCCGGGGGCCCUGGGAAAGGAGCGGCCUUCAUAGAAGAGCACUGUCCCCCUGAUAUCGUGGGGGGAGCCGGAGGGACCCCCUGGUCACCUUCGUGGAACUGAGCGGUGUGUCUGGGACUUACUCUCAUGGGGCUUGGGACAAUAAAGACAGCCAUG